UUCGACCUUUCCCUUUUUGCCGGCAUUGCCACAUGGUAGCGACCUUGUUACACAUACUUGUAGGAUUCUCCAAAAUGGCUGACGAUAAGAGAAAAGAACGUACCUUCAUCAUGGUGAAGCCAGACGGAGUCCAGAGAGGACUCGUCGGCGAAAUAAUGAAGCGAUUUGAAGCCAGAGGAUACAAGCUUGUCGGCUGUAAAAUGUGCCAGCCAGGAGCAGAACAUCUGAAGGAACACUAUGUGGAUCUUAAGUCUAAGCCAUUCUUUCCAGGUCUUAUUGAAUACAUGACCAGUGGUCCAGUUGUGGCAAUGGCCUGGGAAGGCACGGAUGCUGUAAAGCAGGGUCGUAAAAUGCUGGGUGAAACUAAACCAUUGGAGUCACAACCAGGUACCAUCCGUGGGGAUUUCUGUAUAGACGUCGGCAGAAAUAUCUGUCAUGGUUCUGAUGGUGUAGAAAGUGCCAAGAAAGAGAUAGCUCACUGGUUCAAGGAGGGUGAACUCAUGUCCUGGACACCGUGCGAGUUCAACUGGGUUUAUGAAUAAUGUUAAAAUCUCACUUAGGACUUUCUAGCAAUAUUUAUCUUGUAAAACAGCUGAGCUGUACGACCACAAUGAAAUUAUGUCACAAUUUUCAUGACUUAUUGAUAAUCACAUCUUACAUAAUAUUUUAUAUACGCAAAUAUGUUUGAAAAAGGAAGAUUUAGAAUCACAGACAAUUGAUGAAAUUCUGUUACAAUCAUAUUUCUACCUGGCAACAGAAAAGUGCUAUUUUAUACUGAAAUUUAUGUGCUAUAUAUAUGUCCUUCAGUUAAGUUACCCUAGUUCAAAAAAUGUAGUAUCAUGACGGGUUGUUUUGUCUUCUGUUGCCACUUUUGACUUGAAGAUCCCAUUUUUUUGUUGAUGUACUUGUGGAAAAUAAAACUAUAAAUU